UGUGCCCGGCCAGAGAGGAGCCCGGACCCCGCUCAGCAGCACACACACACAGCGGAACACUUCGGCUCCAUAGAGGAUACACGGCUUAUUCUUUAAGGUUUUUCUCCUCUGGCUCGGAGCGCCAUCACGGAGCCUCAGUCAGCAUGUCGGAACUCUCCGUGAAUGACCACCUUGAAGGGAUUUUAUCAGAUUUCGAAGCGCUGAAGAGAUCCUUCGACAUUGACGAUGUGGAUGACAUACCACCCUUCUCCCCAGCUUCUCCCAUCUCCACCCCUGUGUCUCCAUCUUCUUCUCACUUCUUCCUCCACCACAACAAAGCCAGUGAGGGGCAUGGAGGAGGGGGCCAGUCCCCUUCAUUGACCUUCAACAACAACAACAACAGCCUGGGCUCCUCAGCCCACCAUUCCCGCAUCAGCCUGAGUUCCAACCCCAGCCCGGUGCUCAAGUCCCGUAGUGUAGUCAACAGUAUGUCCUUCAACCGAGGAACUACAAACAAACCAGCCAUCCACAACAACGGCUCCUCCGUGACCAGAGCCGCGUCUUUUCAGAGCAGGUUGAACCCCAACGGGUACUCCAUUCUGUCCGGGCCUGGCAGUGACGACAGCCUCCACAGCUCCACGUCCAGCCUGGAGUACUCUGGGGUGGGUGGGGGUGCCCUUCCUCUUAAUAAACCAGGGUCAUAUUACAGCCCCCCACCUCAUGGGGAGUACCUUCGAACCCAGCUCCCGCAACAGCAUCGUGACGGAGGGACCAACUUGGGAAGCCACCCCAACCUGAAGAACUUUCCCUCCCAUGGAGGUGUUUUCAACCAGAUGGACCAUGGGCCGGGGAUGAUGCUGGGAGCUCCAGACCCUCGGGGGGUGAACCAUGGUUCCAUGCCAAGCCUCGACCUCCAAAUUCGUGAUGGAGGAGGAGGAGGACUGGUGAGUAUGCAUCGAAGCGGAAGUGGAGGCAGGGUGUCUCCAGGAUUGAGGUAUGCCAAUGCCAACUGGAAUGGCCGACACCAUAAUGCCAGUUCCUUUGGGGAGGAGGUCUACUGUGGCCCGAAAAGUCCCUACCAGCAGCAAGGGCCCCAGGUCCUGAGAUCCCCCCAGCCCAAGGCCAAAGAGGCUUCACGUCUCAACAAGUUUCCCUUGGAUCUGGACAGCUUGGUUAACAGCUCCUCAACAACUUCUUACACUAAGUCUCCAGGAGGAUCAAUGAGCCCACCCCCCCCCAAGCCUCCACCAAGGAGCACAGGGAGCCUCCAACACUACACCAGAACCCCCUCCACCCCGGCCAGUCCCUCAGCCUCCCUGAGCAGCCUGGACAGUUCUUCUGACACCCCGUCCCUCCACCAUCCCUUUUUGCCUCUCUCACCACGUUCUCAACCCUUCUCCGAGGGUUCUAUUCCGAAUCCAGAGAUUGGUUCCCUGUUGCCACUUUUUCCAGGCCACAGCCCCAAGCUGGACAUUCUUUUACAACCCCAAGUUGUCCAGGUGGCUCCCGAUGUGCCCAACACUUCCAGCCCAUCCAGCCCCAGAGCCGUUUGGUCAGUGGAGGAUGGCCCAGGCGAUGCCAGAGAUAGCGUUGGUUCAAUCCUCCAGAGGAUCGCAUCCUUCUCCCAGAACGUCACUACUGACACCAGCCCGGCAGCUGCGACCCAGCUGGUCCCCGUCCAGAUCAAUGGUGGGUUCUCAUCUGAGUUUGGGAGUCCUGCUGAGACCACGCUCAUGCAUCCAUGGAAACAGGGGAACAAAUAUCUGAAAGAACCUGCUGGAGAGCUGGAGACGAACCCACUCAGCCCAAUGGAGGAUGGAGAGGAGAAGGAGAGGGGCAUCAUGGGACAAGAAGACGUCAGCAAUUGUCAACCAGGACAGCCAGCCCACAUGGACUCACAGGAUGCCAUAACUGAAACAGGAGAGAACGGUGUCGAGGUUGAUACAGAGAUGGGGGAGAAGGGGAAGGAGAAGGGAAUGGAGGAAGGAGAACUGAAGAAAGAGAUAGAGAUGGAGCUGGAGGCCGAGGUGAAGGUGGAGCUGUGCCAGUCGGUGCCGGGCCUGCAGAUGAGCUUCAUCCGAGGCACGGACCUGUUCGGCUACGUGGGCAUUGAGGCGGUGCUGGACCAGAUGAGGCGCAAAACCAUGAAGGCCGGCCUGGAGUUCAACAUCAUGGUGGUUGGUCAGAGCGGGUUGGGGAAGUCCACACUGGUCAACACUCUGUUCAAGUCCAAAGUCAGCCGGAAGUCAUGCACGAGCAACUACGAAGAGAAGAUCUCCAAAACAGUCAAACUGCAUUCAGUCAGCCACGUGAUUGAGGAGAAGGGGGUGAGGAUGAAGCUCACAGUGAUAGACACUCCAGGAUUUGGUGACCAGAUCAACAACGAGAACUGCUGGGAGCCCAUAGUGAAGCACGUCAAUGAGCAGUAUGAGAAAUACCUGAGAGAAGAGCUGCAUAUCAACAGGAAGAGAAGGAUACCAGACAGCAGAGUCCACUGCUGCAUCUACUUCCUCCCCCCCACCGGACACAGGUUACGCCAAAUUGAUGUGGAGUUCAUGAAGAGGUUGGGAAAGAUCGUGAGCAUUGUACCUGUCAUCGCCAAAGCUGACACACUCACCAUUGAGGAAAGACAAGAGUUCAAAGAGAGGAUAAGGCAAGACCUAGCAGCCAAUGGGAUUCGUGUUUACCCCCAGAAAGAGUACGAUGAGGAUCCCGAGGAGAGCGUCGUUAACAACAGGAUCAGGGAAAGCAUUCCUUUUGCUGUGGUGGGGACAGACAAGGAGCACCAGGUGAAUGGACACAAGGUGCUGGGACGUAAAACAAAGUGGGGAAUCAUUGAAGUUGAAAAUGUGGCACACUGUGAGUUUGCCUACCUGAGAGAUCUGCUCAUCAGGUCUCACCUGCAGGACCUGAAAGACGUGACGCAUAACAUCCACUACGAGACGUACCGCGUUCGGCGGCUCAACGAGAGCAACGUGAGCUUCAGUGAACUGGGACUGUCCCCGUGGCCCCUGGAGAACGGGACUGCUGACAAAGGCGACUCAGAGAGCCACCUCUGAUCUCUCCAUUAGCCUCCAUCAGAGGAACGAUGACGCUCUUCAUCCAUUCACAGCGAGAUGUGAAAAAGAAAGAUAUGUUUUAUAUUUCCUUUUUUUCCCCAAAUGAAAAAUGAGAUGGAUCCUUUUUUACUAUAUGGGACAUGCUAGUGAAUUGUUUCUAAUGAAAAAUUCUAUCCGAGUUUUUAUUACAAUACAAUAGAAAUGUGUCAGAUUUGGAUAUAUGUGGAACAAAGUGAGCAACAGGGCAGGGAGAGCAGGCUGCUCCAUGACAGGAAGCAUAGACAUGAAAGGUGUGUCAGCACCAGGUGUCACCUCUAUAAAUUGUAUAUUAUAUGGCCAAAAGUAUUUGGACAGUCCCAUACCCAUGAAAUGUCCAGGUGUCCACACGUUGACAUUAUUGUGUAGAAGUUGGACCCUAAUGAAAACAUUGAAGAUGCUGUUUAUGUGUUUAAGAUACUUUUUUAUAAAUCUUUCAGGUCACAUGUAGUGCCUAAAGAAAGGAACAUGCUUAAUAUGUCCAUCAUGUAAUUUUUUCAUAGACUUCCAUUAACUGUCUUUCUAUCUACUUCUUGACACGGAUAGAAUUAAACUAGUCACUAGGUCAUUGGUUGAGUACAUCAUGCUUAAUGCUAGUGGAUUUAUUUACCUCACUAUCUUGCUCAGUGUUCCACCCAGUGGAGACAAAGGACAGAAGCAUUCAGUGAGACGCUUGUGAGAACACGGGAAAAAGACAUAAAUAACACAAGUUAUAUUGUCAGCAUAAUAUUGAAUUCUUCAAGGUGUGGUCUUCCUGAUCAAGUCUUAUUUCCACACGUCACUGGGCAGAUGAGGUUUAGGAUAGGAUAGCUUAUGUGUGAAUUAUAACCUACAGUUUCUAUUAUUAGUGAUGUUUUCCAUUUAUUAUUUUUCAGUUUCUGUCACAGAACUGCAGCUCCGCACUCUGAGCCAGAGAAAGGUUUCUGCCAAUCAUUACUCAUUAAGAAGUAUGGGCGUUAAUAGGAAUAAGUGUCAGUAUUUCCAUUUUAUUUCAACAAUAUUGACUCUAGGAAUUCAGGGAUGAGUUAAUAUCAUUUACAUUUUAUGAGAGGCUGUUGAAUCUCUGGAGCCUCUCAGAAUUUCACUUGAGUUUCUUGCUAAACCAAGUCAUGCAUGCAAUAUGCUUAGCCAGUUAUACACCUUGCAGGAUUUUCUUACAAUAGACUUUCAUAAUGCACAUCCCAAAAACGUACACCUUGACAGCAGCGCAAACUAUGACAGCAGAUAAAAAGAGUAGUUAGAAAUGAAUCCAGGUAGCUACACCGACAGAGGUGUCACCUAUGGCCUUCUGAAGGACACUAUACAACAACAUCUUUAUGAUGAUAAAAAACAAGCUUCUCCAUUAUCUCCACAAUUUAAUAGUUAAAAGAUGAUCUACUAAAAGCAUUCUGAGCGUGCAGCAACAUAUGCUCUCCCCUAAUUGGGGACAUUUGAAAAAUAAACUGGAGCUCAGCCAUUGUUAACACAUUUUGACAAAAACAUAAAUGUGAUGAAUGGAUAAACUAGCACUGAUAGCUGUCACCUCCGUAAUGUUCAGGCAGCCCCAGUAUUCUCUGUAAUGGUUGAAUUAUAUUGUGUGUAAUGGCCUCUCGUUUUCUGCCUGCCAACAUUAAUACAGAGAGAUAAUUAACGCACUGUCUUGUUGAGGUUCAGUGACAAUUUGCAUGAUAUUCAUUUACACAAGACAUUAGUCCCUCUUACUGUUUUGCAUUUGUUGAAAGAUUGUUUGAAAGUGUGCUCUCUAUGUUAGAACAUUUGUGACAGCUGUACUACUGAUGGCCACAGUGCAGCUGGAGCUGGAUCGUAGAAUAAGACAUCAAGUUUGACCAUCUGUGCCUUGGUUUCGCAUCACUAGCCAAGCCAUAAAAAACAACAUUAUAUUUGAUCAUUGACUUAACUUUAUAGUUUUUAUAGUCAAAAUGUUGCAUAAUUUAUGUAUCUGAUGUAAUUUCCAUGUAGUGUAGAGUGUGGGUGUGAGAGCAGCCGCAUGGCGUUAGCCCAGAAGCUAACGGUUAGCAAUCAAUAAAAUAAAGCAAAUAAACCUUUGGUCCUAGGUCAGUUUGGUUUCUAGUUUUAUGCUAGUGCAGCAAGCUAGAUAUUGAAACUGACAUAUGAAACCAUUUUGCUUAUUUGCGGGAAGAAAAUGUCCUAUAAUGUUUUCUAAAUGUUCAAAGUUGUUUGAACUGACUUUUUCUGCCGUCAAAUUGUCCUCUGUGAAAAAGGUCCAGGAGCUUCUCCUUUCCAGGUGUUACUACUGAAAUGUUCUACCAUUGCUUGUGAAAUGUCUUUCCAUGGAUAAAUGAAUAUAUAAAAGAAAAUGUAAACUACUUCCUGUAACUUCACAUAAUGUCGAGUGAGAGUAGGCUCCAUGCUAGUACGUUAGCUUAGUUAGCACCUGUUUCUGUUGCUACAUCCUUCUUUUUUCAGAGUAACGGCUCAACUAAAUGUUAUCAAAAAUGUGUCAUCAUCCGCGCUGACAACCAACCCCCCACUGACACACUUCACAUUAACUCUGAUCACAUACAGCAUGUCAGACUGUCCUCUGAGCGCUCAGCUCUGCUCCGUAUCCGGAACCUGUCAGCCCCCCCAUCCUUGUAUUUUAUACUCAGCAUGUACUAACAGAUUCUUUAUGAAUAUUGUCUUUGUUUUUUUAUAUAGUAUAAAUGAUGCACAUGUUAACACUGUUGAUUUACAAAUAAAUACUUGUCACCUU